ACAAUAUUGAAAACGUUCUCGUAAUUCCAGUCAUUUUUAGCUUCAGCCCGUUUCUUUCUACUUUCACCUUCCCUGCGAACGGUUUUCAAAACCCUAGAUCUCUAAAAAUAUUUUGCUCUCUGUGACUCUGUCUCCACACUCCAACAACCGGCGCCGACGCGACCUCCACACCGUCGCAGCUACUGUUGCUCCGUCGAAAUUCGGUUUGCUCGUGUUGAGCGAUCUGCUCCGCCGCAAGUCGACGUCUACGGUCCAUCUCUCUACACUAACACCGCCCACUCCACACCGCAGCUUCCAAAACAUGUCGUCGUCCCAAUUUAACUACUCGAACGCAACGAGCAGCAGCACCACGGGCUCCUAUUUCCCUAUGCCCUUUCACCUCCAGCAAUCAGCCGCAACGGCGCUGCCUCAGUACUCCACUCCCAACAUGGGCCCCGCACUCCCCGUAGUGGCCCUGUCUAUCCUGCCGCCCGGCUCCGGCCCCUCCCCCGCAGUUUACACCCUCCCUCAGUACCAUCAGGCCCAACAAUUGUUUCAAAGGGAUGCACAGACUAUUACACCAGAGGCACUUGAAAGUGUAAAGGCUGCUCUUGCAAGCAGUGAGAUUGAGCACAAAGCAGAGACCAAGAAGAAAGCAGUUCCUCGUAAAGCUGCUGGCCAAACAUGGGAGGACCCAACACUUGCAGAGUGGCCAGAAAAUGAUUAUCGCCUCUUUUGUGGAGAUCUUGGUAACGAGGUGAAUGAUGAUGUUCUUUCAAAAGCAUUUUCACGGUUCCCUUCCUUUAACAUGGCUAAAGUUGUUAGAGAUAAGAGGACAGGCAAGACCAAGGGCUAUGGAUUUGUUAGCUUUGCCAACCCCGCUGACCUUGCUGCUGCCCUCAAAGAAAUGAAUGGUAAAUAUGUUGGAAAUCGGCCAAUCAAACUACGCAAGAGCAACUGGAGGGAAAGGAUAGACACAGAGGCAGCAGAAAGACAAAAAAACCUAAAUCAAAAGAAACCAAAGCUUUCGAAGAAGAGUGUAUUGCACAAGUGAACUCGAAUGGCACUCAGGAGGAAGAAUUAAAUGGAAAGUAGCUUUCGAUGGAAUGAAUGUCUUCAGGUCAACUGCACGGAUGGAUUCGUGGUAAAGCUAUUAUUACCUUGUGAUAUAAUAUAUUUCUAACAAAAUAACGUAAAAGAAACUAUUGAUGGAAGAAAUUACAAGAGAUGUAAUGGAAAUUAAGGAUUAAGAUGGAUCCGUACCUUGUUUCCGUUUUGAUCAAAGGUUCUUAUCUUUUAUUAUAUGU